UCCAUGCUUCAGAUACCACUAGUGGCCACAAGGAUAUAAUUUGCUCGUGAUAAGCUCGUCCAAAUAUUGUAUAGAGGUAUGUUCACACAAUACAGCAACCAAUGAGGAUAUAAUACAGUUAAUGGAAAUAUAUUUUGAACAUUAAUUGUAUGAAAACCUGUGAAACCGUACGGGAAUUGUCUCUCUGAAGAAAAGUGUAAAAAAUUCUCACAUCAGAACAACUUCUUAUAAAACCAGCGCUGUGUAUGAACUAAGAAUACGUGCGUCUGCGGCCAGACACAGGGAAAUCGCUUUGGUAUCCGUGGAUGUCGAUAAAAUAGAAAGUUAACCAAGGCAGAAUACCAGAAUGACCAGAAAAUCUACAUUAACAAUACUUGCACUGGCACAAGUGCUGUCUCUAAGCAGUACCCAGUGGACGUAUAAUACCUUCGGCCUUCGCCCCUACAACUCUGCUUACAGGCCGUACACUGGAGCAUACGCAAGGAACACAUGCCUGACGCUGCGAUGUAGGCUUGGAACAACAUGUGUGGAUGAUGCUUUUUAUGGAGCAAGAUGUGUUAGGAGUGCGACGCCCACCAAAGGACAGUGUGAGGAAGCCACCAGCUUGGGGUCAUGGUGCCCGCAACAGUUUGGACAGAGGUAUUACUACAACGCGGCGGCGCAGAAAUGCAUGGCCUUCUACUACUUGGGUUGCGGCGGUACCCGAAACAACUUUAAAACUAAAAGCGAGUGUGAAUCAACCUGUUUGUCGAAAUCAACCACCGACAGUGGUUUAGAGUGUUCGCUGCCUGCUGAUAGUGGUACUUGCUAUGGUUAUAGGACAAGGUACUAUUACAACCCGGGCAGUAAACAAUGCCAGUCGUUUGUUUAUGGAGGCUGUGGGGGAAACGCAAACAAUUUCGCCAGUCUGGCAACUUGUCAAGCUAAGUGCGUCACCAAAAGUGAGUGUUCGCUGCCUGCUGAUCGCGGCCCUUGCUAUGGAUAUAUGACCAGGUACCGCUACAACACGGCCUCUAAGCAAUGCCAGUCGUUCCUCUAUGGUGGCUGUGGGGGGAACGCAAACAAUUUCGUCAGCAUGGCAGCUUGUCAAGCAAAGUGCGGAGUUGCACAGACCAGUACUGAUGUGAGCUACUUUGGCGGGAGAGGACAGUUUACCCCACUUCAGGGCAACGCUGCAGUAUUUGGAAUACCCCGCUGGCAGCCGACGGGGGCAGUUUCUAUUGGAGGACCAAUCAAAUUGCAACCGGCACGGACUUGCGCAACGAUGGACUGCCCCUUUGGUCAUACGUGUGUGGAAAAAGACGUCCAGUGCAUCCGGGCACCGUGUCCCAAAGUGUCAGAAUGCAUUCUUUCUUCACCUGAAGCUGAGACCAGCUCAGAGACAGGAACGGAAGAGCCACCUUCAGAAUGCACUGGUGGACAGGUUUUGCAGAGGUGUGUCUCCCCAUGUAAGCAGCCUACUUGUAGGGACCAGCCGCAGAUCCACCUGUGGUCGUGCCUCAAGAAAUGUGGGGAGCUAAAGUGCGCAUGUCCUCCGGAGAAACCUCACUUUGAUUCAGGAGUGUGCAAGAGCUCUGAGGAGUGUGGAAGGGAAAGAGAAGAAAACCAAGCGCCGACAGAAUGCCCCCCGGGUCAAGUGUACAAGGAGUGUCCUUUCAUCUGCAAACCUACAUGUGAGGACCCUAAUCCAGAGUGUACAGACACCACGUGCCCACCCCCAGGGUGCGAGUGCUCUCAGUUCACGCCUAUCUUCUACAACAAUAAGUGCAUCUCGGCUGCAGAAUGUCCAUCUCCAGCAGAAAGAACGGAUGUCUCCACCGAGACUGCUGACCCAAUCCCUGUCAAGAAGCCGAUAGCAUCUUCAAAUGCCUGUCCUAUCCAGAACCAGGUGUACACACAAUGCUCCUCAAACUGUGAUGUGUCUCCGAGCUGCCAAAACCCUGAACCACGGUGUAACACGCGAAUAUGUGGACCACCGCGAUGCGAGUGCCCCAAGUCUGCGCCCAUCCUUUACGAUGGCAAGUGUAUUACCAUAGCUGACUGCAAACAGCUACAAGCGGUUGUUAUCAUGCCCAUGCCACACAAACCUCCCCAGGGACACGGCACUAACGGAAAUAACAACCAAGGUGAUGGAUCAAUGACCGUUUUACCCAUGCCGGAUAAAAAUGUUCUGCCAGCAAGCGAUGACACAGUAAGACCAGCCUGUCCGAUUCCUGGCCAAGUGUGGAAACGCUGCACAUUGAGUUGUGAUGCAGUGCGCAGUUGCGACAACCCCAACCCAGCGUGCGCCAAUUCGUGCGGCCCUGAAGGCUGUGAGUGCUCACAGUUCUCCCCGUAUCUCCACAAUGGAACUUGUGUGUCGGCCUGCCCAGAUGAAAGUCAAAUGACUUCUCAAAAUAACGAAUGCCCCAUUCCCGGCCAGCAGUACCAGACAUGUGCUUCAAUGUGCCCUGCUACGUGUGAGAUGCCAAAUCCUAUUUGCAUAAAGAUGUGUGCGCCGGCCCAGUGCCAGUGUGUCCAUCCAACACCUAUUCUAAAGGAUGGCAGAUGCAUUUCGGAGGCAGAAUGUCCAACGCCAAGCCCUUUGGUGGCGGCAGGAUCCUGUAGCGGCGGUAUGGAGUGGGUAGAGUGUUCCUCGCCCUGCACGAAAACCUGUGACAACCUGGGCGAGGCAUGCAUGGACACAUGCGGCCCUGCUAAGUGCCAGUGUCCCACUGGGACUGUCCUGCACUUGGAUCAGUGCAUUCCCGCUGAUAAAUGCCCCAGCAGCUAAAACACACACAGAUUAGUGCGUGGACACCUUGAGUGAUAUCUUGGUUUGAUGCGUGAAAGCUCAGUGUAUCUCUGCAGAUAUCAUUUAUUUAUUACGAUGCAAGGAAAACUCAAGAACACAGUAUUUCGGUUAAAAUGAUAUUUAUGUACGAAAUACGUGGCACAGACAAUUCAUAUCAUUCACCUCGAAGGCUUGGCAUAUACAGGCUUGGAUAUUGGAUGAUUUUACUGUUAGGUGCCUUUUUUAAACCAUCUGGCUCUUAUGACAUCAGGGCGACUAAGGGAGCAUUCACAUCGAGAA